AUGGCCGCCCUGACAACGGUCGUGGUGGCGGCGGCAGCCACCGCAGUAGCUGGCGCUGUGGCGGGGGCGGGCGCGGCCGCUAGCCCGAGCGUGGGAGCAGCGCUGCCCCCGCAACAGAAUGAUGGCAAUUUUAGUACUUUAGGUGGAAUUCGAGCUUUCCAGCUUCAGAAUUGGAAACAGAAAGCUAUUCGAAAUAAGAAAACAGAAUUCGUACGUACAGCUGAAAGAUUUAAAAAUCAAGUUAUUAAUUUAGAAAAAGAUAAACACAGUCAUUUCUACAACCAAAAAAAUGACUUCAGAAUUGAGUAUAGUAUGCUCGAAGAAUUGGAAAAUAAAUUGAUUAUCAGCAGAAAAACAGAAAGAACAAAAAUUCAGCAACAGUUGGCAAAGAUACAUAACAAUGUAAAGAGACUUCAGCAACAGUUAAAAGAUGUGAAGCCUACUCCUGAUUUUGUUGAAAAGCUCAGAGAAAUGAUGGAAGACAUUGAAAAUGCAAUUAACACUUUUAAAGAAGAACAGCGAUUGAUAUAUGAAGAGCUUAUUAAAGAAGAGAAAACAACGAACAAUGAACUGAGUGCCAUAUCAAAAAAAAUGGACAUGUGGGCUUUCGGUAAUUCAGAAACAGAGCAAGCUUUCAGAGUCGUGGCAAACAAAGUUCCUGUUGACAAAUUAUCAUCAAGUACUCUUCCAGAAGAAGUGGUAGAGUUUGAAAAAUUCCUUCAGCAAACAGGUGGACGACAAGGAGGCUGGGAUGAUUAUGAUCACCAGAACUUUGUGAAAGUGAGAAACAAAUACAAAGGGAAGCCAGUAUUUAUGGGAGAAGUUUUAGAACACCUUCCUGGAAGAACACAGGAUGAAGUUCAGCAACAUGAGAAAUGGUAUCAAAAAUUUCUUGCUCUAGAAGAAAGAAAAAAAGAGUCUAUUCAGAAUUGGAAAACUAAAAAACAACAAAAAAAGGAAGACAUUUUCAAGUUAAAAGAAAAAGCAGAUGAUACACAUAUGCUUUAUUAUGAUAAUCAAGAAGAGAAUCAAAAGCAAAAAGAGGAAGAAAGGAAAAGACAGAAAUUGGCAGUUGAAGCUUGGAAAAAACAGAAAAGCAUAGAACUGUCAAUGAAAAAUGCUUCUCAGUUAAAAGAUGAGGAAGAGAAAGAGAGAAAACAGCAGAGAGAGCGUCAACGUCAGUGUAAACUAAAAUUACUGCUAGAAAAUUAUACCCAGCAGAAGAAAGAACAGGAAGAAUUUUUGAGGCUUGAAAAGGAAAUAAGAGAAAAGGCAGAAAAAGCAGAAAAAAGGAAAAUUGCUGCUGAAGAAAUUUCCAGGUUUCAGGAAAGAGAUUUGCAGAAACUUGAAUUGAAAAUUCUAGCUAGACAGGCAAAGGAAGAUGAAAAGGCAGAAAAACAAAGACGACGGGCAAAAUUAAAAGAAAAGGUUGAAAACAAUGUUACCCGAGAUCCUUCUAGGCUUUACAAACCUACUAGAGGUUGGGAAGAACGGACCAAAAAGAUAGGACCAACAGGCUCUGGACCACUUCUUUAUAUUCCACACAGGGCUAUUCCAAGCUGGAGACAAGGAUUAUAG